AUGGCCCGAAAGGCGGCUGGGAGGCCGCCAGAGGAAACACUGUCGCUCUGGAAACAGGAGCAAGCCCUGUUGAAGACCCUUGUUGUGGACCGGGACACGGAGGCGUGGCAACGGGACCCCGCCUUUUUGGGCCUGCAGAGGGUCGGGGGCGUGGACGUGUCCUUUGUGAAGGGCGACAGUGUCAGCGCCUGUGCCUCCCUGGUGGUGCUCAGCUACCCUGAGCCCGAGGUGAUGUAUGAGGACUGUCGCAUGGUGAGCCUGACAGGCCCCUAUGUGUCAGGCUUCCUGGCCUUCCGAGAGGUGCCCUUCCUGGUGGACGUGGUACAGUGGCUGCGGCAGAAGGAGCCCCGCCUCAUGCCCCAGGUCCUUUUUGUGGUUGGAAAUGGGGUGCUUCACCACCGAGGCUUUGGGGUGGCCUGCCACCUUGGUGUCCUCACAGACCUGUCCAGCAUGGUGGCCAAGAAACUCCUGCAGGUGGACGGGCUGGAGAACAACGCUCUGCACAAGGAGAAGAUACGGCUCCUGAAGGCUGGAGGAGACUCAUUUCCUCUGAUGGGAGGUUCCGGGACCAUCCUGGGCAUGGCGCUGAAGAGCCACGACCACAGCACCAAGCCCCUCUGUGUCUCUGUGGGCCACAAAAUGAGCCUGGAGGCAGCCGUGCACCUGACCCAUGGCUGCUGCAAGUUUCGGAUCCUGGAGGCCCUGCACCAGGCUGACAUCCACUCCCCAGACUACAUCCGCAGGACCCUGGGAGUCCAAGGGGCCCCUCUUGCGGCCGAAAGGAGCAAGAAGGCACAGAGGCCAAAGCCGUGCCCCCAGGGAGUCUCAGAAGAGCCCACAGAUUUAGAAAUUAUCCAUUGACUUUCUGCCAUGGGGCUUGAGAGUUUGUUCCCUCUCACAUAGCCUCUCAUACACUUUCCUUC